UUCAAACUUUCAUCACAUUCAAUUCCAUCAAAAACCAAGCACUCGCAGAACAAACACUCGAGAGAGAGAGGGAGGAAAUGGCAGGAAUCAUUCACAAGAUUGGAGAGGCCCUCCACAUGGGAGGCCACAAGAAGGAGGAGGAACACAAGCCGGAGGGGCAUGACCACCCCAAGCCUGAAGAGCACAAGCCGGAGGGCCACGGCCAUGGCCACGACCACGACCACAAGGGGGAGCACCACGGAGAGGAUCACAAGAAAGAGGGGUUGGUGGAGAAGAUCAAGGACAAGAUCCACAGUGACGAUCAUGGUGACAUGGUGGAAAAGAAGAAGAAGAAGGACAAGAAGAAGCACGAGCACGGCCAUGAACAUGAGCAUGGCCACAGCAGCAGCAGCAGUGACAGCGAUAGCGAUUGAGUUAUUAGUUGAUCAGCAGUGUCGCAGUGAAAGAGCACGUCAACGUUCUUGGGCUCGUCUCCUUCAGUUAGCCCCAGAGCUGGUGAAAAUAAGGAGACAAGAAAAAAACAUCAGUGUCGUCCAGAUUGUCCUCUUUCUAGUCUUAUUUUGUUAAAAUUUAUGUUGUGACAGAUCUAGAUGUGCUCGUGUGACAUCCAAGGACUGUCAACAUUGUCCACCAUGUCGUGCCUAUUGUGCCAUUUUCAGACAACAAUGUGUAGUUUGAUUGGUUUCUUCAAAUGUUGUCCGCUUCCAA